AUGUUGGAGAUGGUCGGAGAGAGCCAGCAGUCACGAACGAAGGAUGCGGUUUCGGACGAAGACUUGUCGACAUGCUGCAAGGUGCUGGAGCAUCUGGCAGGCCGCAUGGACGAGUACAGGUCUCCCCGCUACAAGCCUCUGAGGAAGCUGCUGGUCCCUUUCCUGGAGGAGGAGGGCAAGAGGAGGUUCGGGGGGAUGGGGAAGGAGAUGCAUGCAGCAAGGAAGCAAGCGAUCAAAGUAGCGCACAUACAGCAGGAGCGAGCGAGAGCCAACGACCGCAAGUUUAUCGAGAACACGCGCUUGCGAGCAGCCCGUCGAGCCCGUCUUGAUGCUCUGAAAGCGUCGAACCCUGACUGCGCUCACCUCCUCAUCCCCGACGGACACGCCGAGGACGAGGGGAGCGUGAAGUUGAUCGGAGCUGCGGAGGUGAUGGGAGAGGGUAAGGAGGUGCCGCAAUGUCCGAAGGAAAAGGAAGGAGAGGAGGAGAAGGAAGGAGAAGAGAAGCGACUGCUGCAUCAUGCUCGCUCGUGCUACAUCUGUAAGGUCCGCUUCCACGAGCUUCACUUCUUCUACGAUCAGCUGUGUCCUCAUUGCGCGGAGCUCAACUACCGGAAGCGCCUGCAGACAGCAGACCUGACGGGGAAGGUGGCGGUGCUGACAGGCGCGAGGGUGAAGAUCGGAUACCGAGUUGCUCUCAAGCUCCUGCGUGCUGGCGCGACUUUGAUAGCCACAACGAGAUUCCCGUUAGAUGCAGCUGAGAGGUUUUCGCAAGAGAAGGACUAUCAAGACUUCAGGACGAGGUUGCAUGUGGUUGGUCUUGACCUCCGAGAUGUCGUUGCCGUCGAGCUCUUCGUCGAUCUUCUCAAGCGCGAGUUUGCGAGCAUUGACAUCAUCAUCCACAACGCUUGUCAGACUGUGAGGCGACCCGCCUCCUACUACUCGCCCCAGGUCGACAAGGAGGAGAGGAUCGCCAAGGAGAAGCGCGCAGGUCUCGCUCAGCUUCUCCAGCUGAAGUCCAGCUUCGAAUCGUCUCUACGCUCGCAUCUCACCAUGCUGAAGCAGUCAAGCCUCAUCGGCGAGCAGACCCUCCUCCAAGACGCGCACGGACCUUGUACCUCCUUCUCUUCCUCCUCUCCUCCUCCCAGCAGCUCCACGGAGUUGAAGAUCUCCUCCUCCUCCUCCACCUCCACCUCCUCCGACGUCUUCUCUGUCUCGCAGUCCUCGCGGCUCUCCUUGGCUCCUCUGCUCCCCGACGACUCUCAUGAGCACGACGCCCUGCUUCCUCCCGGAGCUCUGGACGUCAACGGGCAGCAGCUGGACUUGAGGAGGGCCAACAGCUGGGUUAUGAAGCUGGAGGAGGUGAAGACGCCCGAGGCCGUUGAGGUUUUCUUCGUCAACGCCAUCGCGCCCUUCACGCUCAACUCGAAACUCAUCCCCCUCAUGCGGGGGGAGCAGCCUCGUUUCAUCGUCAACGUCAGCGCCAUGGAGGGAAAGACAUACACAAGAAGCAACAAGGACAUGGACCUUCUCUUCUGA